AUGGAAUCGUUUAAGCCACCGCCGGCGCUGCUUCUAGAUGGAAAUCUGUGUGAACACUUUCGGCGGUUCAAACAGAGCUUUGAUAUUUUUAUGCUGGCGACUGGAUAUGAGUCCAAACCAUCGGCAGUCAAGGCGGCGAUGUGGUUAAACCUCAUAGGAGACGAGGCUGUUGAGUUGUUCAACACAUUCGAUCUUCCAGCGGAAGACCGUAGGGAUUUUGAAAAGGUGUUGCGAGCAUUUGAACAUUAUUGUAACCCUGUAAAAAAUAUCGUAGUUGAGCGGUACAAGUUUAAUUGCCGAUCUCAGGAAGAGGGAGAGCCGUUUGACUCGUUUGUGAGAGAUUUAAAAAAGCUGGUUCAAAGUUGUGACUUCAAGGACCAGACAGACAGUGUUGUGCGGGACAGAAUAGUUUUGGGCAUUCGGGACAAAGGGCUGCAGGAACGUUUGUUGCGUGAACCGGAUCUCAGCUUGUCACGGGCAAUGGAACAGUGUAGGGUGGCUGAGCUAGGCAAGCAACGUGCCGACGCUAUACAAACCAAAGCUGUCAAUCCUGUUAAUCGGCGUGAGGAUUCGUCGGAUGAUGAAAUUCACCCGAGAGGAGGCACAGUUGAAACUGUGUGGCGAAAUAGAAGAAAGCAGAAAUCAACUGAACAGCAGCAGGUACCAUACAAAGGGGGGGCUGAACAGAAGCAUGUGCAACAAGGAAGUCCUAAGUGCCGAAGGUGCGGGAGGGUACAUAGGAAGAAUGAGUGCCUUGCCUUUGGAAAAAAAUGUUACAAGUGCAUGAAGUUCAAUCAUUUUGCAACCGUGUGCACCAACCAAGUUGAAGAGGUUAGGUUAACGGGAGGUGAGAUGGAAGAGUUCUUUGUCAGCACAUUAGAAGUGGCAGAAGCAACGACCGGGGUGGAGGAUGCCAAGCCAGGCCGAAAGGAGUGGAUCCAAGAAAUGUGGACUGAAGGUAAGACUGUAUAUUUCAAGCUUGAUACGGGCUCAGAGGUAAAUAUCAUAUCACAGAGUAUUGUGAAGCAGCUGGCUCGCCCAACCCAGUUGAAAUGGUCACACAUAACACUCGAAGGGUUCGGCGGCAAAAAAGUGAAACCAGUGGGUGUCAUUAAGCUAAUGUGUGGAGUAAACACAGCAGAUGGUGCUCAGGAGUGCCUGGAGUUUGUUGUUGUUGAAGAUGGUAGCUGCAGAAUGCCCAUUCUUGGACUGCCAGGAUGCGUGUGUUUGAAGUUAGUUUCUCGCAGUUUUGUCCACACCUUACACAGUAGCGUUUUAUCGGAAGAUAAGUUCCUCUCAGAAUUUGCAGAUGUAUUUCAGGGAGUCGGGUGUAUUCCAAACAAGUGCACAUUGGUAGUAGAUAAAUCUGUUCAGCCAGUUGCUAAACCACCUCGAAGAGUGCCCUUUGCCUUAAGAGAUAGAUUAAAAAUCAAGUUGGACGAGCUUGUUAAGCUAGGAAUUAUUGCCAAGGUUGAUCAGCCAACUGGAUGGGUUAGCAACCUAACUGUUGUUGAAAAGGGCGACAAAAGUCUCAGACUCUGUCUAGAUCCAGUAGACCUGAAUAAGGCAAUUUGCAGGGAGUAUCACAUGAUACCAACAUUAGAGGAGUUGAGCUGCCAGCUGAACAAUAAGUCCAUUUUCACAGUGUUGGACCUGAAAGAUGGGUUUUACCAGGUGGAACUAGAUGAGGAAUCAACAAGUCAAGGAGUUGAUCAGCAAGGCACCAGUACUCGGCUUGUAUGA